AUGCCAAAAUUCAAUUCAGUUAAUCGAAUCAUUGAUAAUAAUGUUAAAAAUGAUUUAACGAAGAAAAAAAAAAUUGGAAGGUAUUAUGUAGUCGAUAAAAAAAGUCAAAUAAAAGCAACAAUAAAUGCAGAAAAAAAUAUUAAAUUACAUGCUAAAGACAUAUAUAAUCGUUACAAAAAAAAUUUAUACAGUCCAGUAAACAUAUUAGAAAACAUAACGAAUAAUUUUUUUGAAGUUGAAAAUAAUAAGAUUAAAAUGUGGGAAGUAGCAGAAAGUGUAAUGAUUCCUCAAGAUGCACCCUUACUCGGAAGUGUUCUUCGUUCACUUUUUUCUGCGAAAAUAAUCAAAGCUGACAAUGCUAAAAAAGGAACUCAGUUAAAAUUAAUGUUGACAUUAGAAGGUGGUCAACAAGCACUAUUUAAACCCCAAUGGUAUCCAAGAAAUGAAAUAAUAACAGGACCUGUUUAUUCCGGAAGGGAUAGACACAAUGGAGAAGUUGCUGCAUUUUAUUUAAGUUUAUUAUUAAAUAUGAGAACAGUUCCUAUAACAAUUGGAAAAAAAAUUAAUUUAAGAAGCGAAAUAAUGCCAUAUGCAACUCCUGAAUUAUUAGAUACAUUUUAUGAUGAUGGAAACAAUACUUGUUUUUAUGGUGUGUGCCUUUAUUGUGAGCCUAAAAGUCUUGUCUGUGCAAAAAAUGACAUUAUGGAAGGAGCUCUUAUUAUGUGGCUUCCGACUAAAAUUAAAUUUAAAAAAUAUCCAAGUCCUUGGCAAAGAAGUUAUAAGAGCAACCUUGUCGCCAGGUGGGAAAUGGAUGAAAAUUAUUGCAGCGAUGUAAAAAAUUCAAAACAAAAUAAUCAAAAUAGAUUAUUAGAUCUUACAGAUGCUGCAAUUUUUGAUUUCCUUAUAGACAAUGGAGAUAGACAUCAUUAUGAAGUUCCACUAGGUUUUAAUCAUUCUUCAAUUUUUUUAUUCGACAAUGGAAAAAGUUUUGGAAAUCCUUACAUUGAUCACAUUGACAUAUUGGCUCCUCUUUAUCAGUGUUGUGUAAUAAGAAAAUCAACGUGGGAACGGUUGAAAAUGUUUUCCGGCGGUUUAUUAAGUUCAAGUUUAAGAAAUUUAUUAAAAUAUUCUGAUAUCACACCUGUAUUGACAAAUUCUCAUCUAUUCGCUUUAGACAGACGACAACUUUUCAUAUUUGCAGCAGUGGAAAUGUGCAUUACACAAUAUGGAGAAUCAAAAGUUUUUUUUAAAGGCAACAACAACAACAACAGCAACAGCAACAACAACAAAAAUAAAAUAAAAGUAAAAUUUAAAUAA